CAAUAAAGCGAGAGGUUUGGAGAGGUCUAGGCAAGAGCGGGUUAGAGAGCUAAGAGAGCUGGUGACUCUCAUUCUCCGUUGAACGUUCCGGUUGCGGUCCGAUACUCCGAUCCCGAAGGCUAAAGAAUCUUGUCUGAUUUUUGUAGCCACUGAGAAAUUCGGAAAACAUGCUUCGUCUCGUCGUGGCUGUCGUGGCACUCGCCGUGCUGAUCGACGCGCAACUCCAAAGAAUUCCAUUACACAAGACGGUUUCCAUUCGAAAUACUUUGAGAGAGGCUGGCACCGAGUUCGAACAACUUCGUUUGACUAAGGCGUAUGUUGGCACACCAGAACCUCUGUCUAAUUAUAUGGAUGCUCAGUACUAUGGCGUUAUCACGAUUGGUACCCCGCCACAAGAGUUUAAAGUGAUCUUCGACACUGGUUCCUCUAAUCUCUGGGUACCAUCCAAACAGUGCAGCUUUACGAACAUUGCUUGCUUGUUGCAUCAUAAAUAUAAUAGCAAAGCAUCCAGCACAUACCAGCCUAAUGGUACUCCAUUCGCCAUUCAGUACGGUUCUGGUAGUCUGUCUGGGUACUUAUCUACCGACGUAGUGGACGUUGCUGGUCUUAAAGUUAAGAACCAAACGUUUGCGGAAGCGGUAAAAGAACCAGGACUUACUUUCGUCGCUGCGAAAUUCGACGGUAUAUUGGGAAUGGGUUACUCCACGAUAUCCGUUGACGGAGUAACUCCUGUCUUCUAUAACAUGGUCAAACAACGCUUGGUGUCGCAACCUGUUUUCAGUUUCUAUCUAAAUCGAGAUCCCUCGGCUAAGGUGGGCGGUGAAAUGAUAUUGGGUGGCUCCGAUCCUAAUUAUUACGAAGGCAGGUUCACAUAUGUUCCUGUUACCCGUAAAGGAUACUGGCAAUUUACUAUGGAUAAGAUCAUAGUGGGAAAUCGUGAAUUCUGUGCAAAUGGCUGCCAAGCUAUCGCCGAUACGGGCACCUCCCUCAUAGCUGGACCAACGCCGGAAAUUAAUGCUAUUAACAAACUGAUUGGAGCUACUUCCAUUUCUGGAGAGGCAAUAGUGGACUGUAACCUGAUUUCUCAACUGCCUACGAUCAAUUUCGUCCUAGGCGGUAAAAAAUUCGCUCUCACUGGUGAGGAUUAUAUCCUUCAGGUCACAUCAUACGGACAGACGAUGUGCUUGAGCGGCUUCAUGGGUCUGGAUAUGCCUGGAGACCCAUUAUGGAUUUUAGGCGAUGUAUUUAUUGGUCCGUAUUAUACCGAAUUUGACCUGGGAAACAACCGAGUAGGAUUCGCUAAAGCAAAAUAAAUAUUGAUUGCCUUCUCAUGAAGUUACCGUUAGAUGCUAGAAGAUCUAAAUGCCAACUUUGUGAAUAAUCAAGUAAAAUUUUUUUAAAGCAUUGACUCCUAUGUGCUUAUUAAUGCCUUGUAAUUUUUCCAUGCGGUACGUUGUUAGACGAAUAUGUAUGUGAUAUUUUAGAAAGUUAGACCAAAGAUAUGCGAUAUUGUUUCUAUCGACAAUGUGGUAUAUUCUUUUCUUUCUACAUAGAAUUGUACUAUUGCAAGGUUAUAUAUUGAAACAAUUAAGUCUAUUACAAUAAAAUAAGUAUUCUUUUCAUA